AUGGCCGCCUCCUCCCGCAGGUCCCUGGGCGGCGGACGCGUGCUGGGGAGCGGGAGGAACCUGUCGCCCUCGCUGGCUUCACAGCACCACCAGCAACCUCACCUCGGCCCCCACCGCCGCAACCCUAGCCUGUUGUCGCCCUCGGAAAGCUCGCUGUCGCUGAGCUCGCAGACGUCCAACAGCCCGGCCAGCACUGCCGCCGACACGCGUGGAGAAGACAUUGGCAGCAAGGUACUGCUGGGCCCAACCGACCAUGCCGCCGCCGCCGCCGCUGCUGCUGCUGCCAGUGCCUCGAGUCGGCUGGCUUGUCCCAUAUGCAAUGAGGAAAUGGUCACCCUCCUGCAACUGAACAGACACCUCGACGACAACCACCAGAACCUCGUCGUGGAGGAGCAGGAUGAAGUCAAGAACUGGUUCGAAGAGCAAAUGCACAAGGCCAAGAAGUUCCAGCCGCUGGCAGUCCUCAACCAGAAACUCAAGGGCCUCGACGUAUUCGAGUCCAAUGACGCUCCCACGCCCCCACCGCCAAUAGCUCACUCCGCCACCGGCUCGGCCACACACAUCGCACGCGAACCUACCCCCGUCCGCAGAGACCCGGAGGAGGAAGUUACGCGCGCACAUUGGCAGCGGCCGACGUAUCGAGACACUUGCUCAGACCCAGUAUGCAGACGGCCCAUUACAGGUUCACAGAUAGCCUUGGGCGGAGGCCAGCAGGCGGUGAACUGCAGGCAAUGUGGCCGCCUUUUCUGCGAGGACCACACCAUGUAUCAGAUGAAGCUGUCGCGCCAAGCAAAACAUGACCCUGUCCGAGGCAUCUGGUGUAGAGUCUGCGAGACAUGCUACAAGUCCAGGGACGGCUACCUCGACCACCGCGGGACAGAGCGCGAUCGUUUUGAAGAGUUUGCCCGGAUUCGGCGGAAAAAGGUCGACAGAGAACGCAUGGAGGUCACCAGGCUGGAGAAGAGACUGACCAAGCUCACACAGCUCCUGGCGAAUCCACCACCAUGGGAAGAGGUCCCCACUACAGGCAGCUGGUUCUCCCUGGCUGGGGCCAAAAAUCAGCGAAAAGCAUUGGAGCAAUCCAUCAUCAUCUGGGAAGAAGAUGCAAAGGUCUCCAACUGCCCCUUUUGCCAGCAGGAGUUUUCCACCUACACCUUCAGGAGACAUCAUUGCCGCAUGUGCGGCCGUGUCGUUUGCGGCGAUCCCAAGACCGAGUGUUCAACAGAGAUUGGGUUGAAUGUGGCUGCAGACUCCAGCAAGUCCGAAAAAGGGGUCGAACAAGUGAGUGUCGACGUGCGCAUGUGCAAGGAUUGCCAGCACACCCUCUUCUCCCGGAGCGAUUUUGAGCGUGAAAUGGCAGAAAAGCCAAAAGACCAGCGCUCGUAUGAAAAUCUGGCGCAAUUCGAGAGAGGCAUCCGCUUGCUUCUACCUCGGUUUCACAAGCUUUUGCAAGCUCUCCAAGAUCCAGACAAGUCACCAACACCACAACAACUAACCGAUGCCACCAAAGUACGAAAGAGGCUCAUGGAUGCGUUUGCACAGUUUGACGCAGUCGCAAAACGAAUACGGGACCUCCCUACCGACUCGCCAACCCAGCAAAAGCUACAAAAGGCUGUUUACCAACAAGCCUACAGCUUCCUGAGCUUACACAUGUUGCCCCUGCGAUCCCUUCCCAAGAUUCUCAAACAUGCUGCACCACAAGGCCGACCCAAUACCGGCGGUGCGCUUGCAAAUAUAAAAUACAACGACAAGACGGCUAGCAGCGUCGUCAGUAGUAGCGAGGUAUCCGCCAUGGAAACGGAGGAGAAGGAGCUACGGGAGCGACUCAUCAUUCUCGAGGAACAGAAGUUCAUGGUGUCAGAGAUGGUGGCGAAUGCAACCAAGCAUCGGCGCUUCGAUGAAGUAUCCAGUCUAACGCAGAAUCUGGACGAUUUGAGCAGGGAGAUUGACCAGGUUAAUGGGCAGCUGGGUCAAUUGGACUUUGCGGGCGUUUAUCAAGCGGGCGCUGGCUAG